UUUUUUUGUCCCGCCGGCUCGGCCCCCCGCGACCAGCCAAGGGCUAAGGCCAGGUAUUUCAGAAUCUGAGGUCCGUAUUCUUAUCACAUUUCCGGGGAGGGACGGCUAGGAGCUCCGGAGGAAAAACGGACUUUUUUUUGAGGAGAAAAGCGGAGGCAGACGGUGGAUGACGAAGCACCCCCGCAACUGCAAGUUUUCGCGCGCUUUGGCGCAGGUGGUUGUGGGUAGCGCGCCUGGGAGGGAGAAAGAAGUCGGGGGCCGUGGCGCGCCGCCCGCGGGGCCUGAAGGGAUGUUCGAGGACGAGUCCCACGCUGAGGGGGUGGCGGUGGUCGCCGCAGCCGGGGAGGCGCUACAGGCCCUGUGCCAGGAGCUGAACCUGGACGAGGGGAGCGCGGCCGAAGCCCUGGACGACUUUACUGCCAUCCGAGGCAACUACAGCCUAGAGGGAGAAGUUACACACUGGUUGGCAUGUUCAUUAUACGUUGCAUGCCGCAAAAGCAUUAUUCCCACGGUUGGAAAGGGUAUCAUGGAAGGCAACUGUGUUUCACUUACCAGAAUACUACGUUCAGCUAAAUUAAGUUUAAUACAAUUUUUUAGUAAAAUGAAGAAGUGGAUGGACAUGUCAAAUCUACCACAAGAAUUUCGUGAACGUAUAGAAAGGCUAGAGAGAAAUUUUGAGGUGUCUACUGUAAUAUUCAAAAAAUAUGAGCCAAUUUUUUUAGAUAUAUUUCAAAAUCCAUAUGAAGAACCACCAAAGUUACCACGAAGCCGGAAGCAGAGGAGGAUUCCUUGCAGUGUUAAGGAUCUGUUUAAUUUCUGUUGGACACUUUUUGUUUAUACUAAGGGUAAUUUUCGGAUGAUUGGGGAUGACUUAGUAAACUCUUAUCAUUUACUUCUAUGCUGCUUGGAUCUGAUUUUUGCCAAUGCGAUUAUGUGCCCAAAUAGACAAGACUUGCUAAAUCCAUCAUUUAAAGGUUUACCGUCUGAUUUUCAUACUGCUGACUUUAGGGCUUCUGAAGAGCCGCCCUGCAUCAUUGCUGUACUGUGUGAACUGCAUGAUGGACUUCUAGUAGAAGCAAAAGGAAUAAAGGAGCACUACUUUAAGCCAUAUAUUUCAAAACUCUUUGACAAGAAGAUAUUAAAAGGAGAAUGCCUCCUGGACCUUUCAAGUUUUACUGAUAAUAGCAAAGCAGUGAAUAAGGAGUAUGAAGAGUAUGUUCUAACUGUUGGUGAUUUUGAUGAGAGGAUCUUUUUGGGGGCAGACGCAGAAGAGGAAAUUGGAACACCUCGAAAGUUCACUGGUGACACCCCAUUAGGGAAACUGACCGCACAGGCUAAUGUGGAAUAUAACCUUCAGCAACACUUUGAAAAAAAAAGGUCAUUUGCACCUUCUACCCCUCUGACAGGACGGAGAUAUUUACGAGAAAAAGAAGCAGUCAUUACUCCUGUUGCAUCAGCCACCCAAAGUGUCAGCCGGUUACAGAGUAUUGUGGCUGGUCUGAAAAAUGCACCAAGUGACCAACUUACAAAUAUUUUUGAAUCUUGUGUGCGUAAUCCUAUGGAAAACAUUAUGAAAAUACUAAAAGGAAUGGGAGAGACUUUCUGCCAACACUAUACUCAAUCAACAGAUGAACAGCCAGGAUCUCACAUAGACUUUGCUGUAAACAGACUAAAGCUGGCAGAAAUUUUGUAUUAUAAAAUACUAGAGACCGUAAUGGUUCAGGAAACACGAAGACUUCAUGGAAUGGACAUGUCAGUUCUUUUAGAGCAAGAUAUAUUUCAUCAUUCCUUGAUGGCUUGUUGUUUGGAAAUUGUGCUCUUUGCCUAUAGCUCACCUCGUACUUUUCCUUGGAUUAUUGAAGUUCUCAACUUGCAACCAUUUUACUUUUAUAAGGUUAUUGAGGUGGUGAUCCGCUCAGAAGAGGGGCUCUCGAGGGACAUGGUGAAACACCUGAACAGCAUUGAAGAACAGAUUUUGGAGAGUUUAGCAUGGAGUCAUGAUUCUGCACUAUGGGAGGCUCUCCAGGUUUCUGCAAACAAAGUUCCUACCUGUGAAGAAAUGCCAAUGUCUCCUCUAAUGCACCCAAGAGUCAAGGAAGUUCGAACUGACAGUGGGAGUCUUCGAAGAGAUAUGCAACCAUUGUCUCCAAUUUCUGUCCAUGAACGCUACAGUUCUCCUACCGCAGGGAGUGCUAAGAGAAGACUCUUUGGAGAGGACCCCCCAAAGGAAAUGCUUAUGGGCAAGAUCAUAACAGAAGGAACAAAAUUGAAAAUCGCUCCUUCAAGCAUUACUGCUGAAAAUAUAUCAAUUUUACCUGGUCAAACUCUUCUAACAAUGGCCACAGCCCCAUUAACAGGAACAACAGGACAUAAAGUUAUAAUUCCAUCACAUGGUGUUGCAAAUGAUGCUGCAGAGAUCACACUACCUAUUUCCAUGAAUACAAAUCAAGAGUCCAAAGUCAAGAGUCCUGUAUCACUUACUGCUCAUUCAUUAAUUGGUGCUUCUCCAAAACAGACCAGUCUGACUAAAGCACAAGAGGUACAUUCAACUGGAAUAAGCAGGCCAAAGAGAACUGGGUCCUUAGCACUCUUUUACAGAAAGGUCUAUCAUUUGGCAAGUGUACGCUUACGUGAUCUAUGUCUAAAACUGGAUGUUUCAAAUGAGUUACGAAGGAAGAUAUGGACGUGUUUUGAAUUCACUUUAGUUCACUGCCCUGAUCUAAUGAAAGACAGGCAUUUGGAUCAGCUCCUCCUUUGUGCCUUUUAUAUCAUGGCAAAGGUAACAAAAGAAGAAAGAACUUUUCAAGAAAUUAUGAAAAGUUACAGGAAUCAGCCCCAAGCUAAUAGUCACGUAUAUAGAAGUGUUCUGCUGAAAAGUAUUCCAAGAGAAUUUGUGGCAUAUAAUAAAAAUAUAAAUGAUGACUUUGAAAUGAUAGAUUGUGACUUGGAAGAUGCUACAAAAACACCUGACUGUUCCAGUGGACCAGUGAAAGAGGAAAGAGGUGAUCUUAUAAAAUUUUACAAUACAAUAUAUGUAGGAAGAGUGAAGUCAUUUGCACUGAAAUACGACUUGUCAAAUCAGGACCAUGUGAUGGAUGCUCCACCACUCUCUCCUUUUCCACAUAUUAAACAACAGCCAGGCUCACCACGCCGCAUUUCCCAACAGCACUCCAUUUAUAUUUCCCCACACAAGAAUGGGUCAGGCCUUACACCAAGAAGCGCUCUGCUGUACAAGUUCAAUGGCAGCCCUUCUAAGAGUUUGAAAGAGAUCAACAACAUGAUAAGGCAAGGUGAGCAGAGAACCAAGAAGCGAGUAAUAGCCAUCGAUAGUGAUGCAGAAUCCCCUGCCAAACGCGUUUGUCAAGAAAAUGAUGAUGUUUUACUGAAACGACUACAGGAUGUUGUCAGUGAAAGAGCAAAUCAUUAAUGUUCUUGUUUCUAUGAUAAAAGCACUUUCAGAUUGUUCU